GUUUGGGAACCUCUGAUCUGUUUCAGACUUCCAGCUCGGGCUCGACGCGUCACGUCGGACGGGCUCUCAAGUCGAUAAACUUUGUAACUCAGUAAAAAUAAGCGCUCCCCUCAGACUGUAGGAAGGUGAUGCUGGGGGUAGCUGGGAUGACGGGCAGCAUUGCGAAUGCCCUGGUCAGCGCAGUCUGUGAGAGGUGCAAAAGUGGCUUUGCUCCAACUGAGAAGAUCGUCAACAGUAAUGGAGAGCUGUACCACGAGCAGUGCUUUGUUUGUGCCCAGUGUUUUCAGCAUUUUCCAGAAGGACUCUUUUACGAGUUUGAAGGCCGAAAAUACUGUGAACAUGACUUCCAGAUGCUCUUUGCACCUUGCUGCCACCAGUGUGGGGAGUUUAUCAUUGGUCGUGUCAUUAAGGCUAUGAACAAUAGUUGGCACCCUGACUGCUUCUGCUGCGACAUCUGUCAGGCAGUGCUUGCAGAUGUGGGAUUUGUCAAAAACGCUGGCAGGCACUUGUGUCGCCCGUGCCAUAAUCGGGAGAAGGCUCGGGGCCUAGGCAAGUAUAUCUGCCAGAAGUGCCAUGCUAUCAUUGAAGAGCAGCCGCUGAUCUUUAAGAACGAUCCAUAUCACCCCGACCACUUCAACUGUAACAACUGCGGAAAAGAAUUGACUGCUGAUGCAAGAGAACUGAAGGGGGAGCUCUUCUGUUUGCCCUGCCAUGAUAAGAUGGGUGUGCCAAUCUGUGGUGCCUGCAGGAGACCCAUCGAGGGACGGGUGGUCAACGCUAUGGGCAAGCAGUGGCAUGUGGAGCAUUUUGUGUGUGCCAAAUGUGAGAAACCUUUCCUCGGUCACCGCCACUAUGAGAGAAAAGGUUUGGCUUACUGCGAGACUCAUUACAAUCAGCUCUUUGGGGACGUGUGCUAUCACUGCAACCGUGUGAUUGAAGGCGAUGUUGUGUCUGCUCUCAACAAAGCCUGGUGUGUCAGUUGUUUCUCCUGCUCCACCUGCAACACCAAACUCACUCUCAAGAACAAGUUUGUAGAGUUUGACAUGAAGCCUGUUUGUAAAAAGUGUUACGAGAAGUUUCCUCUUGAGCUCAAGAAAAGGCUGAAGAAGCUGGCGGAGUCAUUGGGACGGAAGUGAGCCGCUGCCCGAUGGUCACCUGAAACGACUCCUGCUGUAGUAAAACAUCCAGGGAAUCAGUGGAUCUAGAUUAAUACCUGUAUGUAUAAUGUAAGCAGAGGGAUCCCUUAUGUUUGGUUAAAAACUAAACAAAUCUAUUUAGAAACUAACAAAAAACCCACUAUCCAACAAGACAAGAUUUAUUAUUUAAUAUACAUUUAUGCAGAUGUAUGUAAUUAUAUCCCAUGUCAGUAUUUUUAAAUACAGUUGUUAUAAUUACGUGUUUUGAUUGUACAUUCCUAAAUCCUGUUAUUUUUGUUUGUGGAGUGUUUAUUCUCCCUUUCACCAUAUUUGUUAGCAAUUAUAUGUGCCUGCCAGAUAAUUCAACAUAAUUCUUAAUUACACCCGUGCCUUAAAAAAUGACAACUGUUUAAAGGUGGUUGAUGCUGUAAUGCAAUUUGCUGCUUCACUCAGUCUAGCUAUGCCUCAUUGUUCGUCUUUAACUUAUCUAUAUCUGUAUGGUCUAAUCAAACAGUUGUAUUUUUCAGAAAACAAGUUUUUGAGUCUUCAAAGUUUUGUGUAAUAUUAUCAUAAAUGAAUAUAUAGUAUAUAUGAAAUUAACGGAUGUUAAAAACUCGUGCCUCUGAUAUGGGAGAAGAUAUGACGAAGGUGCUACUAUAUUCAUAUAACCACGAGUCUUGCCUUAUAUGUCCCAAUCUAUUAAUGUAUGCUUUCUGAGUGUAUGAUUAUGUACUCAUAUUGUAACUGCAAAUGCCUGGGGUUGUUAGAUACGUCAGGUGUAAUUCACAUUUUAAGCUUUCAGAGGAAAACAGUCAAAAGAAAAGAUGGAUUUAUUUUCUUGCUUUUAGUUUAACUGCAUGGAUGUGAAAAUUUCACUAAUCUUCACAUUGCUUUGGCUGUUUGGAAACACGUGUUUUGAAAUGAUGGCCACACAUAAUAGGGUUUGUUGGAAUAAGCAUUUCACUUUUGAACACUUUGUGUUUACAUUUCAUUUGUGAGUUUGUAUUUUAUUAGCAUGAAAUGAAGAAUUACAGCUUAGUGCAUUUCAUGUACAGUGUUGAGCUGACUUCAAGAUCAAUAAAGAAUCCCGAACACAA